CCGGAAGCGAUGGAGGCGGCCAAGAUGGCGUCUCCCAAGAGCGCCCCUAAAGACGCGCAGGUGAUGGCGCAGAUCCUCAAGGACAUGGGCAUCACCGAGUACGAGCCGCGCGUCAUCAACCAGAUGCUGGAGUUCGCCUACAGGUACGUCACCACCAUCCUGGAGGACGCCAAGAUCUACUCGAGCCACGCCAAGAAGUCGAGCGUGGACGCGGACGAUGUGCGGCUGGCGAUCCAGUGCCGCACGGACCAGUCCUUCACAUCGCCCCCGCCCCGGGACUUCCUGCUGGACAUCGCCCGCCAGAAGAACCAGACACCGCUGCCGCUGAUCAAGCCGUACUCGGGCCCGCGGCUGCCGCCCGACAGGUACUGCCUGACUGCCCCCAACUACCGCCUGAAGUCCCUGCAGAAGAAGGUCUCCUCCACAGCAGGCAGGAUCACAGUCCCUCGCCUGAGCGUGGGCGCCGUGAGCAGCAGGCCCAGCACUCCCACUUUGGGUACCCCCUCAGCCCAGACCGUGUCGGUGUCAGCCAAGGUGGGAGCGCCGGUGUCGCUGGCGGGGCAGCGCUUCACCGUCCAGAUCCCAUCCUCACAGCCUGCUGGGAAAUCAGCCACUCCCACCACUCCCACGGUGCAGAACGUCCUGAUCAACCCCUCCCUGAUCGGCCCCAAGAACAUCCUGAUCACCACCAACAUGGUCCCGCCCGGCGCCGCCGACCCCAGCCCGCUCAAGAGGAAACACGAGGACGACGACGACUACGACGCCUUGUAGGAAAGGCUUGGCUCUUCCCCCUGGCUGGAGCAUCUCC